UAGAUUUGACAAUGACAGUUGACAGUUGACACUAUUGACAGUAUUCACCCUCGGCUAAACAGUAACCAUUCGCCGGCAAAAACCGAAGGCAACCGUGGGAACGAACAACGAAAUACUAAUAAUUAUUAAAAUGACUGGAGGAAAUAAAAAACUGCAUGUUGCAGGUGCAUCAGACGUGAAAAAAAAUAAACCCAAAGUACUUAAAUCGUCUGAUCAGUCACCUCAUAGUAAAAAUGGAGCUUCUUCCAAAUCUAAUGUGGCAACAACAAAAAACCAUAAAAUUGGAAGCCUAUAUUCUGGUGUUGGUGUUGUCACCAUUAGUAUUGUUUCCUGGUUUGUCUAUCAAGGUUACUUAGAAACACGAGUUAACAGUCCGUUGACAGAAAACAAGGUUGUCUUUCCAACUAGUCAUGAUUUUCCAGAAAGAUACUGGGGAAGCUUUAGACCUGGAGUAUACUUUGGUAUGAAAUCAAGAGAUGCUCACUCAUUGCUUGCUGGUCUGAUGUGGUUUAUGCCCGAUAUAGCAGCAGCUGGUAAUUUGAACCUGAGGCAUCUGUGUGAUCAGGGAGACAACCUGGAGCAGUACGGUUGGAGAGAACAUGAUGGAAGAAAUUUUGGAGUCCAAGUUAUUAUAGACAAGUUUAUUCAAUUAGAAACUUCAUUUAUAACAAAACUUGGAGGUAACCAUGGAGGAGAUUGGACUGCAAGAAUUCAUGUUGAGCCAAGGAUGAAAGAAUUAGUGGGACAACAAGUUACACUCUUCUUUUAUUUAACUUUGGAUGAUAAUGGAAAGGGACUACUUCAACCCAUCAGAAUGAUAGAUAAUAUGGAUAUGACGGGAAUAGAUACAAAUCAAUCUGCCAAAUUCCUUGGUCUAUCUGCAGUGCAUGGGCACACUGAGAGGCUUGGAGACUUCAGAGUCAGUUUUCAUCACAGCGACCAGAACUCAAUCGUCCAUACUGCCUUUCUUAGCACCACUGUUGCUAGCCCAAAUCUGGUCAAAGAUGCUCUACAAUCUGGAUUAAGACUGAUGGAAGACAAAAGGACCAAGGAGCGCCACAUUAGUCUGGCCGGCGUUCUAUUCCCUAAAGAAGACACGCUAAAACAACCCAAUUUUGUCGUUCAUCAAGUUACAGGAAAGCUGCCUCUCCAACUGGAAGUAGUCUACGAAUCCAAUAGCUUUGCUGAACGUGAGACCAUGUUAAGAGGAGAAACGUACGACACUCUUCUUCAAAAAUAUCGCAAAGAAUUUCGAAACCAGUUUGAAAGCAAAUUUCACCUUCAAAAGAAAGGUUUUAGUGAUGAGGAACAAGACUUUGCUGUGUCAGCCAUGAGUAAUCUCAUCGGAGGUAUCGGUUAUUUCUACGGCAGCUCAAAAGUGCAAUCUGUUCAUAAUAAAGAACCCGUGCCAUACUGGAAUGCCCCACUCUACACAGCCGUCCCAUCUCGCAGCUUCUUCCCACGAGGAUUUCUCUGGGACGAAGGAUUUCACAACUUAAUCAUCAGUCAAUGGGACCGGGAAAUAUCAUUUGAUAUCAUGGCACACUGGUUCGAUUUGAUGAACGUCGAAGGUUGGAUCCCUCGUGAGCAAAUUCUAGGUUCGGAGGCAAGGGCUCGAGUCCCUGACGAAUUCGUGGUGCAAAGAAAUAAUCAAGGGAAUCCGCCAACCUUUUUCUUAGUAUUAGACGCUAUGUUCAAGAAUCGUCCAGUACGGGAUAUAAGCACGCUAGAGCUGGAGCAACUAAAUGACAUGUGGCCUCGCCUGGUGUCCUGGUACAAUUGGUUCAACACUAGUUUGCACGGCCCGGAACCCGGAAGUUACUACUGGAGAGGUCGAGACACUGCAUCUGUCCGGGAACUUAACCCAAAAUCCUUAUCAUCUGGACUAGAUGAUUAUCCUAGAGCUUCACAUCCAACUCCAGAUGAACGUCACCUUGAUUUGCGUUGCUGGAUUACACUCGCGGCCAAAGUAAUGGCUUCCAUUGCAGAUAUUAUUGGUCGAGACGGUCGAAAAUAUCACGAGGCUUUCGUUUUCUUGUCGGAUAACAAAUUGCUGAAUGCGCAGCACUGGUCUCCGACAGCCAAGCGUUACGCUGAUUUUGGCCUGCAUUCGUCCAACGUCACACUCCGGCGCCCUAAAAGCAAUCCUGGUCAGCCUAAACCUGACAAAAUUCGAGUGGUUUUGGAAGAGCCUACAUUGCGCUACGUUGAUGAUACCUUCGGCUACGUCAAUCUCUUCCCUCUGAUUAUAGAAAUUCUCCAACCGGAUUCACCCCAACUAGGACAACUCCUACUUGACUUGCGGAGUCCUAACCUACUCUGGACUAAAUAUGGACUCCGAAGUUUGUCGAAAACGUCGCCGCUGUACAACAAGCGUAACACCGAGCACGAUCCCCCAUACUGGCGUGGUCCGAUUUGGAUCAAUGUGAAUUAUCUGGUUGUCCGUGCGUUGCAUCACUACUCCACAGUAGAAGGACCACAUCAAACUCGUGCAACUUUGCUGUAUAAUGAACUACGUGAAAACCUAAUUGCCAAUAUUUUUCGAGAAUAUAAGAGAACCGGCUACAUAUGGGAGCAAUACAACGACGCCAGUGGUGCUGGACAGGGCUGCAGGCCUUUUACUGGGUGGUCUACACUGGUCUUAUUACUGAUGUCGGAAACUUACGCCUAAGAAAAAUCAUCUGCAACAGUAGAUUUUUAUAAAUUUCUUUAAUUUUUUAAGGAAUAAGGGAUAAAACAAUGUAAAGGGCACAAUUCCAAAGUAAUAAACUGUAUGUAUUUGAAUACAAAGGUUAAGUGAUA